ACUGGGACUGAAGCGCUUGAUUUGUGAAUUAGCUUCUACCGUUUCACCGUAGCAACUACCACCACAGUCAAAAGUGACUGUAGCAAAACCUACCAAUCACUCCGCCCGCAGUUUGUUAAAGACAGCACGAGUGGACCGCAUGACUUGUUGUAAAACAAGCGCCGACGGCACAGCUGGCCAGCUUUCAAUAUAGUUAGCAGGUAAGCUAAGUAAGUUAGCAAUUCCACUCCAGUUUGUCAUGGCGGAGGGUAGCGCUAACGUUAACGUCGGUCCGGCCAACCUUCCUCCGGGAGACCCGCAGCUGAUCGGUAUGAUUGUGGAGCAUCUGAAGAACCGGGGGCUUUUUGACGAGUUCCGUCGGGACUGUCUCGCAGACGUUGAUACGAAGCCUGCCUAUCAAAACCUGAGGCAGAAAGUGGACAACUAUGUCACGUCGAACCUGAGCACACAGGACUGGAACCCAUCUAUCAACAAGAACCAGAUGAGGAACGGACUGAGACAAAGCGUUGUUCAAUCGGGUAUGCUGGAGUCUGGUGUGGACAGGAUCAUCACUCAGGUCGUGGACCCCAAGAUGAACCACACUUUCCGGCCGCACAUAGAAACUGCUAUCCACGAUUUCUUGUCCGGGGACAGGAGGGAGGAGAACGCCUUGAGUUGUAACUCUGCACCGUCUGAACAGACAGAACUACAGGAGGCCCCGUUUGCUUCUGGCCCCAAAACCCCCUGCAUGCCGACGAACUUGCCCGCUGUGUGUUUUGUGUUUUUUCUGCUCCUGGCCUGUCAACAGGUGCUGACCAUGGAUCUGCACAAUGUCCAGGAGAAACUGGCAAGCCAAGCCAAAAGACGUCUCUCUCUGCAGAGCACAGCGGAAAUUCAGAGUUGCCUGGUGAGUUCAGGGGAUGUCGGCUGUGGGACGUUUCAGUGUUUCACCAACAACUCCUGCGAAAUCCAAGGGCUGCACCAAAUCUGUCUAACUCUGCUGCACAACGCCGGCCGCUACGACUCACAGGGCAAGUCAUUUGUGAAGGAUGCGUUGCGGUGCAUGGCGUUGGGACUGCGACAGCGCUUCAGCUGUGUGAGCCGCCGGUGCUCAGCGGUAAAAGAGAUGGUGUUCUCGCUCCAGAGAGAGUGCUACUCCAAACACCAGCUCUGCCUGGCACUUCAAGACCACAUGGAUACCAUGGGCAACCUGGUCCAGUUCCACCUCAUGUUUCCCCCUGGAUUGUACGUGGAGCUGAUGAACUUCCUGUUGAAGUGUGGAGACGAGGUCAGGAUGUGGGUCAGCCAGCGGCUGCGCGGGCAGUGCGAACAACACUGGGGGGCGCUGUGCAGCAGCUUCGGCAGCACCUGCUCUCUCAGCCAAUCAGACGCGCCGCAGAUUACCACUGCCCCACCACCCAACCUGCCUUGGCUUAUCACCGCUCCAGGACACCCGCAGCAGCCCACCAGAGCGACCGAACAAGAGGACAGGAACGGGCUCAGUCAGCUCAACAGCCAGACACAAUCUGGUCUACCUGAGUCUGAGAAAUCCAAUGUAACUGCUUCAUAAACAGACAGUCACACCGAGGUGCAGGCAGGGUACACAAAGAUACAAAGAUCAUGCACUUAUUACUAUUAUAUUAGAAGAAGAAUGAGUAAAAGUAGUGGUAGUAGUUUAGUGUCGUAUUGCUGGUGAACACGACUUAUUUAAUCUGUUAGGUGUUUGUGCUAUAUUACCAUUUUCCUUUACAUUUGACUGUGUACAAGGAUGAAAACCAAUUAUCUACCUCACUUCAACACCACAGUGGCUGUAUCCUUCAGCAAAGGACACACGAGUAAACACUACAGGGAAUCGCUCAAGUGCAGC